CCCCGUCCCGCUGCAGCCCCGGUGCGGCCGAGGCCGAGCCCUUCGGCGGGCGCGGGGCCGGGAGUUGGGCGGGACGGGCCGUGAGGCCUCCCCGCCCCCGGGACCCCCGCCCCGGGGCCGCGGGGCCCUCGCCGAGCUCGGCACGAGACCCUCUGUACACACUGUGAAGUGAGAAGGACCCUCCAAAGUCAAAUGUCCAUGCUCAGCUUGGUGAUAGACUGGUGAAGGCACCGAUAUUCUGAAGCAUGGCCACUGGACUGAUUCAUUUUCCAGCCUGCAGUUUGUGUUUCAAGGGUGAAGAUCCAGUGCCUGCAUAUAUUGGGCAAAGAUGGAGGGCUCAGCAGCGCCUGGAGGCUCUUCAGCAGCUCGCUGUAGGUCAGUCUUCUCUUCAGAUACCUCGGGUUGUGUAUGAAGAUCCUGAAGUUAAUGGAAGGAAUCGCUACAAAUAUUUUACACAACCUCUCAGGCCUUCUAAGCUGCCCCCAGCAGCUGUUCCAGAAACUGUUCCUGAUACAAAGACAGAGACAGAGUCGCGUGUCCUGUCAGCUGCAGGAGACAGCCAGGUCUUUGGCCUCUUGUUCCGAACUCUGGGGACACAGACAGAUUACAGGGAUGGUGAAGCACAGACAGAUCCCUAUUCUCCUGAAUACAUAGUCCGCAGUGGCUCAGUCCCUGAAAUUCUGACACUUGCUACACUCACUUGGGGUCGGGGGCUGCCAGCAGGACAAGCUGAGAUGGAGAUUAUUGACCGCAUCCGGGAAAAACGCGCUUGGGAAGCAGCUCUGCCACCCAUGGACAGUCCCUCAAACAUUGCAAAGAGGUUGAAGAUGAUGGAAGCUAUGGAAAGGAAGGAAUGGGCCUAUAGGGAAGAGGAAAUCGAUAAGUUGCAGAAGGUUCAAAUGGAAGUCUUUAAGAAGCUGCUGCAGAGGCGAGAGGAGAAUCAGAAUGAGCUGAAUGCCAUGCGCUUGAACAACCACUGGCAAAAUCAUCAGAAGGCUAAAGAAGAGAAAAUAGGAAAAAUUCAGCAUGACUGUGCACUGAUGCUCAGGAAACUGAUAGCUAAGAGGAAGAAUAGGAUGGGAAAGCUGGAGAGACGAGAUAUCAUCAGAGAGUACAAUGACUUUGCAUCACAAACAUAUGCUCCUUUGUCUCGAAUUGGUUUUUUCCCAGACAACAAUUCUGACUACUAUGCGGUAAAAAACUACUAUCUUAACACCUUUGCAGGAUUGUGUGAACUGGAAAAAUCUAUCCCGUCUUCUGUCUUCCCACUCAAGAUCAAAGCUCCAAAACCUAAAUGCAUUAUCACUAAGACUGGCUAUAUUAAAAGAUCAGGAAGACUAGAGGUAGUCCUGGCACAAGUUCACCAGUCAAUACUGGAGGAGAAGAAUAAAGCCAAGGAGCCAAAGAAGCCUCCUCCUGUCUGUGAAAAAGUAGAAAGCCCUGUUCCUAAGCCACCCACUCUAAUCCUGGAAAAACCAUCAAUUGAGGAAGAGGAAAUAGACCUGGCAGUGAUCUGUUUGCAGAAGCUGCUCCGAGGCAGGGCUCUUCAGAACAUGAUAUUUGAAGGGAAGGAGAGGCACCUGGAUCUGAUCCAAGAGCUGCGCACCACUCACGCGCUGCAGGAGGAUGGACAGCUGCUCUUGAAGGCACAGAAGCAAAUGACACUGUCUUUACAGCGACAGCAUGACUCACAAAUGAAGCAGCUGUCAGCACUGGAAAGAGACUUGGCCACGGUAGAAGGAAGGGCACUGGCGAACAUGCUUGAUUUUCUGUCCAAAGAGCUGGUGAGGCUGCAAGAAGAGCAGAAGAUCCAUGCUUUGCUCAUGCUGGCUGAGAGGCAGAGGCGGAUGCGGGAGGCAGAGGAGAGCGGACGGCGGCAGCUGGAGGAGAGCCGGCGGCAGGAGGAAGAUGAGCUUUUCAGACAGGUGGUGGAUGUUCAGGACAGAACUAUUGACACCUACUUGGAAGAUGUUAUCCUGAGUAGCAUGGAGAGGACUGCUGAAGAACAAGCCAGGGAAGAGAUUCAGAAAAGGGCUGUAGAAAUCAAUGACCUUGCUUACGAAAUGGAGAGUCGUCGAACUCGCCUACAGUCAGAAGAGAUUGUAGCAGAGCUGGUUUAUAAUUUCCUGAUCCCAGAAGCUGAGAAAAACUUUAUGAGAGAAAGAGUGAGGCAGUCCCAAAGAAAACACAUCUACGCUGCUCAUUGGAUCAUCCACGGGGGCACAGAGAGGGCUCUGGCUGAUCUGGCACAGCAUCAGGACACAUCUGCCACCGAGAGAAAGGAGGAUUCUCCUGCUGGGACCCCCGGCACAGCUCUGAGUGGGACAGCUGCUGAACCAAGUGCAGCUGACAGCACUCAUCCUGCCACAGUUGCACAUGAAGUUGGACAAGGCGUCCACAAGGAUCCCACAGCCUCCUAGGACAGAAGAUGAGUGAGGGUGCCCUGGAUGGAAAACCCUCUCUCUCCCUUGGGCUAUCCCUUCUGCUGCCUGCCAGCAGUGUUGUCCUGGAAUCAUUCUGUGUACAUUUUGGUGUGGCAGCUACCUCCACUCCCUCCCCAACUUGCUUUGGACUUCAUUAGCUAAUUUUUCUGUUCUAAUUAUUUAGAGAAGCUUGAAUGAGAAAGCAGUGUUAGCAUUCCUUGUUUGUUUUCCUGGCACAGACAAAUAAAAAUCUGCACCUGGGCUUUUGGUGGUAUUUCUUUGCUUCAAUAACAUUAAAUGAAAAAAUAGUCCGUAAGUGGAAAAUUUUGAGUUGAGACCAUCCACAGACAAGUGUGUCCCACUGAUUUCUUUAGUGGUUUAAGGCCCAGGGGCUUCCUGCAUUAGCACUGCUAUUAAUAAAGCAUAGGAGCUGAACAAAACCACUCAGAUCAUCUUUUUACAUUAUUAGUCCUUGGAGAAAGAAGAGGUGCCCCUGACCUCAGCAGGGUGGUUUCUGACAAGCAGGCAGUGUCUGGCACAAACUUGGGUGAUAGCAGGAUGACACGGGCAUGGUGGGGCUGAUGCAUUUUCCAGAAGUGUUCCUCUUUGAGCUGACUGCUUCUUGCUUUUAUCACUGCAAAGAGCAAUUCUGGCAAGAAUCUGUUUUUGCUUGGAACAGUGUUAGUCCCUCUGGCUCUCCAGCUCCGAGGGCUACACAGAAAGGAUGCUGGCUUUGCUGUGUGCUGGCUUUGCCGUGUUUGCAGGCACGGGGGUGCUCCAGCUCCAGAUGUCGGGAAGCAGCGGGCUCAGACAGGCGCAGUGCAUCUGCCACAGAGCUCAAGGCUUGCUCAGCUCUCCAGCACUCACGUGUCAGAAUUCCCGAGGGCUGUGGCCUUAGCGCAUAAAGGGACAUUUACACCAAGCUCCGCAUUUUGGAGGGGCGGACACAGCCACACCACCACACCCAAAAUGCUCAUUCAUUGAUGGCUCCAGCUUACACGGCCGGCAGCAGUACUGGUCCUCAGUGCUACAGUGGUAGCAGGCUGAUCUCUCCCUGCUGCCAUCAUUUCUCCCUGUGGAUCAUCUUUUCCUUGUGCUGGGUCUGUAAAGCUCAGGAGUGGUUUGGCUAAUCCCAGCCAUAGUGCCUCUCCUACACAAACCAGCAGCUGGUCAAAAAUGGUGCUCAUUAAUGCAUUCCUGUAAAAAUUCCGCCUCGGAUCUUUGUUUUGUGGGUUAGGCUGGGGCAGGGUACAGGAAAAGGAAUUUACAGGGAGGGAAGAGGGAGGAGAAAGGAGUCUGGAUACCCCUGUAUUCCACUGGGGAGUAAAUAACAGCUGGAGAGAGGAAAAAGAGCUGCACCAAAUCACUGCUGGUCUCCAGGUUACUGAAGCAGGGACACCAGGGGACUGCUGGGGUCAGGCAGCCUCUGUAAGUGCUGCAACGUCUGGCAGGAGUCAGAGAGGGGUGACCAGCUUUGGUGAGGGCUCUGUAAGGAUGAUCCCAUCAGGGACUGGGGAUUUGGAGCAAUUCUCAUGGUAUUCAUAGCUAGUCAGUAAAAGGGAAGGUUGCAAAUACAAAAAUACAGAACAAAACACUCUGCACAGUGUGGGAGGAGAAGCUGUGCAGGCAUCGGCUCUGUAGCCUCAGGCCACCUUGGACAAAUUUAGCCUGGUUAAAAGAGGGGGGAAUAACGUGAAUCACAAGAUCCAAUGUAAUAGGAGAGACAUGGAAAACUUGAUGCAGCAGAACAGUGGAACAGGAAGACCCAUCCAUUGAGGCAUUUGCUGUAUUUCUGAAGAUGGUCUGGCAAAAUAAAUGUUCUGCAUGUUGGCUCAUUGUACAAUUUGAUGUGGUUUUAUAAAGAUAAGCAUUCCAACAGGUGUGGGAAUGGACAGAGGUUGCAGCACUUUGGUCUUCUGUAGGGAUACAGCCUUGCAUGACAGUGAGGGGGCAGGGGACUCCAGAUGCUGUGCACAGGCUGAGCUAUAAAUGUCUCAGCUUCUAUUAUGAUUUAAGGGACACCAUCAGUGUAAAGCCAUCUUUUCCACAUGACAUUGCCUGGCAUGUAAACUGCAGGCCACGGCAGGAUUACUGCAGUAAACUCUUCUGUAGAAACUGCUUUCAAUUGUCAUGUGGGGUUUUUUUCUCAAGCUUUGCAGAAUGUACUUUGAGAAAGAAAAUGAGCGCAGUGAGAGGGAAUUGGGAUCAUAAAUCAACAGCAUAAGAAUGCAGCAUUCCCUCUCCUAGCAGGAGGCAGAACAACCCUGGGGAGGAGCCCAUACCCGAAACAAACACAGCAGAUGCCUCCAGGGCUGCACCAAUACAGUGCAAACACAGGGAAAAUGCAGCUUGUCCCUUUUCUUUCACCAGCUGCCCACAGGGAGGGAGCCUGGCUGUGCUGCUCUGCUGGCUCCUGUCUCCUGGCAGGUGGGGAAGACAAGGCUGAGCUAAACGGGCCUCUGGGGUCACUGUGCCCUGAGAAUGGUGAAACAUUCGUCUCUGCAGUAAAUGAAUGAAUGCAAAUUGUCCCAGGGCUUCCCUGCCAAUACAGCUCUGGUGGUGUGGGAGGAGAAAAUCCUGUGGCACCAAGAACAGUUCAGCAAAAAGGACUUGGGGCCCUUCUUUACUGGAAACAUACAGUGUCUGCAUUUCUGUCAACAGAAAACCACACCAAACCCACAGUCCCCCAUCUCUCCUGCCUCCCUUAAAAGCAAUAUGACCAUCACAAAAGCUGCAGCCAUAGACCUGGGUGUGGUGCUGCUCAAAGAGUUCCUGCCACUUUCUGAACACAGCUGUUCCCUCUGCUCCUGGCCUUGCAAGUGUACAGGAUUUGCCUCAUACUUCAUUGGGCUCAAUUCAGCCCUCACACAAUUUUUUUCAUUUUUUAGGAGAGUGGGAUUAACCCUACAAGUAUGGUCCUCACGUGCUCAAGGCUUUUAACAAGGCCCAGUUGCAUUAUUAGUGACUAUCUCCUCCAAGUCCUGUUUCCCUGCUUUCACUGAAGUCCUGCUCAUGCAACUUUUCCUGUGUUUUAAUGAUUGGUGAAUCAGUGUUGUGCUGGCAUCCAGCCUCCUCACCACAGUGCCCUCCAGAAUUGGGCCUGGGCUUGGAUGGGGAGCUGUUCUUUCCCGUGCCUGCCUUCCAUCCCACCAGAGAGGUGGGAAUUGGUUUGAACACCUGCCAAAACUGCCAACUCCCCGAGACAGAAUGUGUACACCUGGAUUACUAAAUUCAAUUUUCCCGGGACCACCCUGGACCAAGGCUCCCACCUCUCCUCCCAGCCACUGCCUGGAGCAGAACUGGCAAGGAAAGCAUCUCAGCAGCCACUGUUUGCACGAGACAGAAAACGCCAGCAGGCCGAGGGCAAGGGUGUGCGCUGAAACCCACGGAGCAGGGCAGCUCCAGCUCUCUGCUCUGAUCAUAUCAUUCAUUCCUCUCAUUCCUCCUUUUCUCCCACACGCUGCAUCAACCCCACACACCUUUUCCUCCACUUCUGGCUGGAGCCAAGGCCACUUCUCUUGGCCUCCUCCUAUGCGCCACAUCCCAGUCCUUCAAGUAGCACUUGGAAGCGAUGUCCUAUUCCCCUUUCCUUCCUGCAGGGCUGCUUGCCUGUACCCACAUGCACUGCCUGGCUCAGCACAGCAUCCCCAAUGGACUUGAGAGCUGUGGCUGCUCCUGCCAGCACCCACUGUUGCAGCUGCCCACUGCAGAGCCUGGCCAGAUGGGAUUUAUCCCCUGCAGUUCCCCCCGUGGGGAGCUUGCAUGGCAGCUGCACUCCUGGCCAUCCUGGAGCUCCUCAGUCAGUGCUGGGGAUGUCGGUCCUUGUCCUUGGGAGUGGCCGGGAGCGUGCAGUGCCCCUGAGGUGCCCAUUUGCAGUGAGACAAAGGUGGUAGAGACUUGGAAGCUGCAUCUGCUGCUCUCUCCAUGGGUUACUGCAGGAUUGAUCCUAAGAAUCUGCCUUUUGUUUGUUACUGAGCCAGUAAGAGCCUCUUGCAAACACCCUGUUGGUUCCUUACCUGUUGAAUUGAAGCCUCGCUCUGCCUGCCAACAUAAUUUUUCUGCCUCCAGCCAAAUGCAAACCAUUUUUUCAUUGUUGUGCAGGCCCCAAAUCUGUUGUCUCCAGCAGAAACAGCUUCCAUUGACCAACCUCUUCCUAGGCCUGGUGCUGUGAAACUAAAAUCCUAAAAGAGGUGUAACUGAGAUGGUCCAAAGAGUGCCCAGCUGGGCAGUCCCUUUUUCCAAAGCUGCUAACUUAUGGCAGCAUUCCAAACAACGUCAAUGAUCUCCUUGAGUAAAAACGCUCUCAAACUACCUGGUUUUUUCCAGUAAGCACCAUCUUCCUCCUGAGCACUCUGGCUUGGCAAAGGAUUUGGUUACAGGAAUGAGCUGCAGAGGGAGGAGGAGGGCAUGGCUGCUGUUACGCCAGAAGAAACAAUUAUAGAAUUGUUUAGGCUGUAGAGGACAUCUAAAGUCACCAAGUCCAACCAUUAACCCAGCACUGCCAGUCCACCACUAAACCAUGUCCCCAGGUGCCACAUCUUUUUAGGUAUCUCCAGGGACAGUGGGUGACUUCCCUGGGCAGCCUGCUCCAGGGCUUGACAACCCUUUCCAUGAAGAAUUUUUUUUCCUAAUAUCCAGUGUAAACCUUUCCUGGUGCAACUCGAGACCAUUUCCUCUUGUCCUCUCGCUUGUUACCUGGGAGAGGAGACCAACCCCCACCUGGCUGCAGCAGGGGAGUUCUGGAAAGUGAUGAUGGGAUCUGGUGAGGGGGUGGGAAUGCCCUUUGCUUCCUCUCAAGCUCCCGUGCUGCUCCCACCACACACCUGACCCUGCCUCGCUCCCUGCAGCCCCCGUGUCCCUCUGGCAGGACCUGCCACACGUCCCCCUGUCAGCAGCAGGUGUCUGGACCCUGUGACUGCUCAGCACUUGGAGGUGAGGUAAAGCACAGGGAGGUCAAGCAGCCACUGACAAGGAACAGCCCUGCUUCAACUCCUGCCGCCCUCCAGUUUUUAGAAACUUAGGGGAAAAAAACCCCAACGAAUGUCUCUGCUUAGCAAUCCAUUUCAUUCUCAGUUCCCUGGGCCUGAGGCUCCUCUGCUGGGACAGAUGCUUGUGCUCUGCCGGCAGCUCUGCCUGGGGACAGGGCUUGUUUGCCCACAGCCACAUUUUCUCACUCUGCAGCAAGCAGGGGGACUCUGCAGCCAGCCCUGGCCUUGGCACACUGCCCCGCUGCUCUCAGGGCACAGCCACCCCAGUUUCUCAGGUCAGAAAUGCCCUGCUGCAGCCACGCACAGCUUCCACAAAGGAGGAGGUUGUUAAUUCCCCACUUGUCCUGCAGGAUCCAGCCUUACCUCUGGAGUAUGUGAGCAGUGAGGGGUGAUGCAGAGAGCAGGGAAUUCCUGGAAGAGAAGGCUUUAACUCCACUGACUGCAUGGGACACCUACCCGACUGCAAGAAGACUCAGGGAGCAGUAAGAUACACAAAGAAAUAUCUGUGCCAGAUAUUUAGCUGGGUGUGCAGCAAGAUCCAGGUUGCAUUCCUGCACUGGCCAAAGCUGUAAAGUCCAGCUCUCCCUUACAGCCCUGAGCACUCACCUGUACUCUCACCUGAGAUGAGCUCCAGCAGGAGUUUGUUUUGGGGGUCAGAGACCAGAGCCCCAAAGCCUCACAUCGUACAACACUCACACCCAGACAGAGCCCGGCUUUCCUGUCGUGCCCAGUGGGGCAUUGACACCUACACACCUUCCUUUCCUACCAGAGCUUGGAUUUGGGAGCAUUUGGGCCUUGCAGCCUUUGUGCACAGCUGGUUUAGCAAAGCCACAGCACCACCCUUCAAGACUAGAAAAGGAUGACAGGACAAGGGCCCAGCCAAGCCCUUCCAGAGCCCAGGGAGGGAAGUGAGGUUCCAGGCUGGCUGGUGAGGUUGGUACCAUCUGCUGGGCUCGCCGUCUCCAAGCAACUGGACGUGGUGCCUCAGACAAACUGCAGUGCUCUUCUCUCCCCUCUGCAGCUUGCGGCUCGCUUCCCUCCUCCUCCUUCUUUGUGGCUCUUCUCACACAGAAAGCCACUUGGACCUUCCCACCAGCAGCCCAAAAGCUGCCACCUUCCAGAUAACAAAUGGUGCCAGGAGCCUUGACACCGACUUUUAAUUCCAACGCAGAUGGCUGGCAGCUCGCUCGAUAAAGACAAAGCACAUCAGUGGAGCAGACUCUUGUUCUGCAUUCAGCUCGGUGCUGCUUUGCUCUCGGAUUAGCAUUUUAAAUCAUCCCAAAGCGUUGGUGACCGACAGCUAAGUGGAUUUGACCCUGGUUUGCAGAUGGGUCUCAAAAAGUGUUUUCCCACAGAGUGACAGAAUGAUGCUCCCUGGAAGGUUGUGCAAGGACAGGCUCUUGAUGCUAAGGUGUUUCAUUACAUCUUUUAGAAGGAUGGUUGGAACACAAUACGAAACUGCAACAGUCCCACAGGCAAUGCUUGCAGGAGUUACAAUGGGAGGGCAAGCUGGAUAAACUGGACAGCUGCAGCCUCCGUGCAGAAGGGUGAAUGCAAUCCUCAGGUAAGGAGACAGACAGGUAGCAGCUACCACGUGCUCUCCAGUGCCUUCAUUGAUGCUGGGGAGAAAACUGUAGGGAACCUCUGGCUGCUUUUGGUACUGCAGCUUAAAGAGGGUGUUCAAAACAACUGUAGAGGAGAUAUAAUUGGAAACAUCACAAAGCUGUGAAGGAGCUGAAGAUCCCCUUCCAGUCAGCUUAGCAGGAAGUUAUGAGGUGCUCGAGUUCUGUUCAUUUUGCUCUGACAUUCAGAAAAGAGACCUGAGACUGCAGCUGAGAGUUCCCAUGCAAAGACAGUGCAUAAAGAGAGCCCACAACUUGCAUUCCAGGUGAGGGAAGGUCACAAGAGGCAGGAGGUCCCAGUGCACGUCCAUCCAGAGAAGUGCCCAAGGAUCACUGACCACCACCCCAAAUCACCAGGGAUUGUGAUGAACUCCCAGCAGAGGCAAGCUUUAAAUGAAUUAACUCACCCAGAGAGGCGCUGUAAUUUUGGCAGCAAUGCGUUUGCAGGUCCAAGUGGCCACCCUGAAUGCCAGGGCCAGACUGGCCGAGGAGAGCAGUCCCAGUCUCAGCACGAGUUGGAUGCAUCCAGAAUCCUGGUGACCUUGUGGGACAGACUUAAGUCCACUUAAGUGGACAGCAGCCUCCACUCAGUGUGUUGCUUCUGGGGCAGCCAGGCUGGGUGCCCACGUGGCCCUGUCACCCCCAGAGCUGCACAACCCAAGCUCCAAGGUGCUCAGGGAGCCGGGGCGUAGCGGCACCUGCUCCCAGGGGCACAGCUCCAGCAGCCAGGGGGGCCAGAACAGCCCCCAGACACACACUUGGCAAUCAGGAGCGGAUCAAAGGGAUCCUGACUCAGCACUCACCGUGUGGACCCAGCAGGAGCCCCUUCCCACCCUGCUCCCACUUGUCCUGGAGGGCCUCCAGAGGGGAGGCUCCAGCCCGGUUUCAUGGGAACACCCGCGGCUCGUGGCACACAAACAAAGCAAGAGGAGUCUCUUUGCAAUAUAAAUUUGUUUUUAUUGAAGCAGCAGUCACAUGACCUCGCAUCUAGCCUUUAGGAUAGCGACAGAAUGGAUUCGGCCAGGUCAGCCAGCCCAAAAAAGGAUUUUUAUUUUUUUUUUCUUUUUUCUUUUUGCGCUAAUAGACAUGUCAUGUUUAAUACAUACAUUAUCCAGUACCGGAAACCCAACUCAGAGAUAGCUAUGUGCUGAUUUGCUGGAGGAACGGUCCACUGGACGUGGUCUCGACAAACUUUACAGAUCACCACCAAAUAACAUUACUAAUGGGAUCCAAUGAUUUAAAAAAAAACAACCCAAACAACCAUGAGUGCAGGAUUCAAAGCCAGCAGUUUACACAGGUUCUUAAGUUUGUAUCUAUAGGUGGACGGUAAAGGAAGAUUGGUUGGUUUCAAUUUGAAAUAUUUAUGUCCCAGGGUUCCUCUCUCCAUCAAAUCAAACGGUAUCAUAGACAAGCUGGCAUCUCUUUAAAAAUAGCAUGGAAUAACACAGCUCAUUUAAGAAAACAUGCUCAUUUCUUGAGUUUUUUCUUUAUUAUUACAAAGAUUCACGUCCACCUAUUCUCGCAGAGUGGAAAGAGGCAUGAGGGUGAGGAACAAGGGUCAGAGAAGGGAGAGAGGAGGAGGGAAGAAUAGGGCAAUUUUUUUGAAAUAAAGACCACACACUUGGUAUUUUUUAAAUUUCAUUUCCAGGCUAACCUACUUUUUAUUUAAUGCAAAUUACAGUACCAGUUAACUAUUUCCGAACCGAGUCACACAGAACAAAACGUAUUUACAAGGGGAAUGGGGCGGGGGAAAUAAUAAAACAUUAAGCAUACUUUCCACAAAAAAAGUUUAUAUUUAAAAUGAAAAAAAAAUCAGUCACAGAGGCAUUCAAGUAGUAAUAAUGUUAUACAGGUUUUGCUUUUCCUUUAAAUCAAGACAGAUUUGCACAAGUGUAUGCAAUAGUUUGUAUACAACCCACAGUCCUUAAUAUAUAUAUAUUUAGAUUUCUGUUUUUAAGAUGGAAGUGGUCACGCUAAUUGGUGUGUACAGGCCCAAGUGAUCCAUCAGCAACACAUUAAUGAACGCAAAUUUUACAGGCAAGCAAAUUAUAUAUAUAUAAAUAUAUUUUAUAUAUAUAUAUUAAAAAUAAAUUGAGAAAGACCAACACAAGGAAGCUACUUUUCUCGAGCUAACCCCUUAGGUACUGUUUUCCUUUCCUGUCGUUUUGCCAUUAUUGCAGUGUUGCAAAACGAAGCCAACUACGACCAGAACCGGCCGAGAGCCCCGUGGAAAUCAGCUGCCACCCCAGGGGUACCCGCUGGCAGUCUCCGGAAGGCAGAGCCCGGACCGAAUACCCUACUGUGCUUUUCCUCAUCGGCUUUUCCUUUUUCUCCGCGGUUGCUGAGGUUCCUAGUACAGGAGUACGAGUCUGACAGGCUGCUUGACUUCUGCUUUUCCAAGUACUGAAAACUGGGGGGGAAUUUUAGGUUGCAAGUCGUAGGCACCUGCCAUUAUUUUAGGUAAAGCUUGGCUUCGAAAUAAGGGGACAGAGUGUUCAGGGGUCUUCUACCAGUCAAUUUUCUUUUGCAGGUAAUUUUUUUUCUUUUUCCCUAGCAAGGUAGAUAAGUUUAAUAGUAAAGAACACCAGUGUCCUGAUGGAGCGUCCAUCGGGGGAGACAGACUGCGAUCCAGCCCGGCCCAGGGACCCACUACGGCAGGGCGGAUGUAAAGGACACAUCAAGAGCACACUGGGUUAAAAAAGAAGCCCAAAAGAGUGUAAAAGAAGAGAAGGACAGCUCUGAGCAGAUACUGUCGCCAACAGCUUGGCAUCACUGACCUUCGUGUCACCAGAAAGAAAGUGCAGCCUCUGCUUCACUGGAAUGAACACGAGAUGCUUCGAAAUAAAACAGCAACCUUUGGUUUGGUAAAGAGUUACGUGUUUUCCCAUUCAAGACAAUCUUAUGUGGAAUACUAACAAGGUAGUAAAACACAAGCAAACUAGUUUUAGAAACAAGGCCUUCGUGCUGGGCACAAGAAAUCAAGAGUCAUGUUAAACUUAUCUCAAGAAAACAAAAGUGACUUCGGGGAAGGAUGUGGGGGAAAAAAACAGGGAGAAGAAAGGGAACAAAGUCCUCCCGGCAGAAAAAACCACCGCAGCAGUCUCCUACAGCGAUGCCCCCGCUCCCACCGCAGCCCAAGGGCUGGAGCACAGCAACCCUGCAGGAUGUGGGGAUUUCCCUCCCUGGGGGCCCUUUCCGCUGCCCCCGGCACAGCCGCAGGGAGGGUGGGAGACACGAGCAAAAUCUAAGCGGGCUGCUAGGGCAAGGGUCCGAAUGAAACCAGCUGCUGCUAGCGGGAGGAGGAGGGCAGCGUGGGCACCUUGGAGACUCCCAGAACAAAGCCGCGGCUCCAGUGAAGUGAAUGACGGUGGAGACGGUUUCUUUUCGUUCCGCUACUGAUCAGGGUUAUCACCGAAACCUUACAGCACUCAAAGAGUUAGAAAGCGGGGUGGGGAGGGGGGAGCAAAGAUGCGGGUUUGGGGUAGGAGACAUUGUUAAUAAAGAAGGAGGAGAAAAAAAUAAAAGGGAAAUAAAAUUCAAAAAAUCAUGGAAGCGAAGGCACUCCAAACUAUAUAGAUACACUAUACAUCGCUAGAGUUAUUGUUACAAUAAUACAGGCCGGUACCUACUGUACAGAGUUAAAACUAUAUGGCUUUAAAAAGCUCGUCUACAUUUUGUCUGAUUAUUAAACAGAAUCACUGCCCUGAACGGUAACUUUUUGCUCAUUAAUAACAGUUCCUGGGUCCACAUAUUUACAUACAAAACAAUAAAACUCAAAAUUCAAAAACAAUCAAAAAUAAUAAUGUACAAGCUUGAAUUUGGUGAGGAGCUUUGUUUUUUGUUGUUAUUUUUCUGUGUUUUUUCUUUUUUUUUUUUUUCUUAUUUACAAAAAAAGGUUGUCCAAAGACCUGGAUCUAACUUGUAUAAAAGAGUGUGUGAUCCUGCUAUGAUCCUUGAAAACAGAAAUAAAACCAGAGGGGCACCCCGACCCUCCCCCCAGCCUAACACACACACGAGACACACACAGACGCCGGCACAGCCACAAAACCAGAGAGAAACGCUCUGACUCCCCUCCACCAGUCUUUAACAAAAAAAAUGAAAAAGAAAAGCCACAUGUCCUGGCACAAGCAGCAUUUUUUCUUCGAUAUAUGUUUAUUACUUUUUUUUUUUUAAAGACUCUGUAAUUUACUGCCUCCAAAUAACAGCGCCCGUGGCCAAUGCUUCAGCAGUCUUGUCUAUACAGCAGAUCCAUACCCUGCCACUGUCCUACUUUUUGAGUCUCCUGCAUGAAUUUGGAUCACUGGGUCAACCAAGCCCCUUCACUUACCUUUCAGGACACUGACUAGCCGAGCGCACGCAUUAAGACGCUCUUCAGCCCUUUCUAUUAAGUUGCAGGUAAGGAUUUGGAAAGCCUUGUUUCUCAACGUGGGUGUGCUUUCCUUUGCAGCCAGCCAGAAUGCAAAAAAGCUUUAAAAC